GAUAUUGACGCCAACGGCAUUCUGAAUGUGUCUGCGGUGGACAAGUCGACGGGCAAGCACAACAAGAUUACCAUCACGAAUGACAAGGGUCGUCUGUCGAAGGAGGAGAUAGAGAGGAUGGUGAAUGAUGCGGAGAAGUACCGAGCGGAGGAUGAAAGCCAGCGCGAGAGAGUUGCAGCGAAGAAUGCGCUGGAGAGUUAUGCGUUCACCAUGAAGACGACAGUGGAGGAGGAGGCGGUGAAAGAAAAGAUACCAAAAGAUGAUAGGAAGAAGAUUUUGUCGAAGUGUGAGGAGACGAUUAAGUGGUUGGAUGGUAACCAGCAGGCAGACAAGGAGGAGUACGAGCACAAACAGAAGGAGUUGGAGUCGGUGUGCAAUCCGAUCAUCACAAAGAUGUACCAAGCUGGUGGUAUGCCUGGUGGAAUGCCGGGUGGUAUGCCUGAAGCCGGAGCCGGUGCUGGUGGCCGAGGUCCAACUAUCGAAGAGGUCGACUAA